AUGACCAACCUCUCAGACUACCGCCUCCUCUGCUUCGACGUCUACGGCACCCUAAUAGACUGGGAAAGUGGCAUCAUCGCUGCAUUAGAACCAAUCCUCUCAAAAAGCGCCACCCAAUUCACUAGGGAACACCUCCUAACAACCUACCACGACCUCGAAAGCGCCCAACAAACCGCAACCCCGGACCUUCCGUACUCAGACCUGCUAUCAGCAAUCCACCCCACCCUUGCCGCACGCCUAGGCCUCAACCCGCCAACCGAGGAGGAAAGCCGCGAAUUCGGUAACUCCGUCGGAACCUGGCCAGCCUUCCCAGACACUGUGGACGCUCUGCGUCGACUAUCAAAGCACUACAGGCUAGUGGUGCUGUCGAACGUGGACCGGGCUUCAUUCGCCAAGUCCAAUGCCGGCAGCUUGCAGGGCGUGUCUUUUGAUAUGAUUCUUACCGCGCAGGAUAUUGGCAGUUACAAGCCUGAUCUACGGAACUUUGAGUAUAUGUUGAGUGCUGUACAGCGCGAGUUUGGGGUUGGGCCUGGGCAGGUUCUGCAGACGGCGCAGAGUCAGUUUCAUGAUCAUCAACCUGCGAGAAAGGUUGGCAUUAAGUCAGUUUGGAUUGAGAGGCCUGGGGCUUUGAUGGGGAAUCGAGGGAAUCCGAUCUUUGAUUGGCGGUUUGAGACUUUGGGGCAGAUGGCUGAUGCUAUUGAAGCAGAGUAG